AUAUCCUAAAACCCUAGCUGUAUGUAUAUUUCUUCACUUCACCCCCAUUGCAGCUGCUUUCAUUUUUUGGGCGUUUUCUUUCAGAAGUAGCUUGAAGAAACAGCAGCAAGUGGUUGCGCGCUGAAUUGAGGUUAGGCAAGGAUGGUUCAUGUUAACUUUUACCGAAACUAUGGAAAGACUUUCAAGAAGCCCCGUCGUCCGUAUGAGAAGGAGCGUUUGGAUGCUGAGUUAAAGCUUGUUGGAGAGUAUGGGCUUCGAUGCAAACGUGAGCUCUGGAGGGUGCAGUAUGCUCUGAGCCGUAUCCGUAAUGCUGCAAGAAUGCUUCUGACCCUUGAAGAGAAGGACCCACGUAGGAUUUUUGAGGGUGAAGCUCUGAUGAGGAGGAUGAACAGGUAUGGACUUUUGGAUGAGAGCCAGAACAAGCUUGAUUACGUUCUUGCCCUUACUGUGGAGAACUUUCUAGAACGUCGUCUGCAAACACUUGUGUUCAAAACUGGUAUGGCUAAGUCCAUCCACCAUGCUAGAGUUCUCAUCAAGCAGAGGCACAUCAGGGUCGGAAGGCAAGUGGUGAAUGUUCCAUCAUUCAUGGUGCGUGUUGACUCCCAAAAACACAUUGACUUCUCUCUUACAAGUCCAUUUGGAGGUGGCAGACCUGGUAGAGUGAAGCGAAAGAACCUGAAGAACGCUGCAAAGAAGGCAGCAGGUGGAGCCGGUGAUGAGGAUGACGAAGAAUGAGCUCUUGAGUAUCUUUUAUGAAAGGUGUCAUCUUUUGAUGAGGAUGAUGAAGAAUGAGCUUUUGAGUAUCUUCAUUAAUGAAAGGUUUCAUCUUUUAUAUCUAGUGAACAUUGUUAUUUGAUCUUUUCCAGAACCUGUUACUUUAGGAAGUUUUUGAUGAUUUGUUGCUGUGUUCUUGAGAAUUGGUAAUGGAUUAUGGAUCUUGUCUUGAUAGUUUUUAAACAGCAAAACUUCUUAUUCUGAAA